CUUUUCUUCCGGAUGUACAAUCACACGCAUUGACUGUCAACAUGCAAGAUGGCCACCCAUCAUCGGCAAAAUGCUGCUGGGCGGAGAAAAGUACAGGUGUCCUAUGUCAUUAGAGAUGAGGUGGAGAAGUACAAUCGGAAUGGGGUGAAUGCGCUACAACUGGACCCUGCGCUCAACAGACUGUUUACGGCUGGGAGGGACUCGAUCAUCCGGAUAUGGAGUGUCAACCAGCACAAACAGGACCCGUACAUUGCCUCUAUGGAGCAUCAUACAGACUGGGUCAACGACAUUGUUCUAUGCUGCAAUGGCAAGACAUUGAUCUCAGCCUCGUCCGACACGACGGUCAAAGUGUGGAACGCGCACAAGGGCUUCUGCAUGUCCACGUUACGGACGCACAAGGACUACGUGAAGGCCCUGGCGUACGCCAAGGACAAGGAGCUGGUGGCGUCCGCCGGCCUCGACCGACAGAUCUUCCUCUGGGACGUGAACACGCUCACGGCGCUCACGGCCUCCAACAACACCGUCACCACCUCAUCACUCAGUGGGAACAAAGACUCCAUCUACAGCCUGGCGAUGAAUCAGAUGGGCACGGUCAUUGUGUCGGGCUCCACGGAAAAGGUGCUAAGAGUCUGGGACCCUCGUACGUGUGCUAAGCUGAUGAAACUGAAGGGCCACACGGACAAUGUGAAAUCACUGUUGUUGAAUCGGGAUGGCACUCAGUGUCUGUCGGGCAGCUCGGACGGGACCAUCCGGCUGUGGUCCCUGGGCCAGCAGCGCUGCAUCGCCACCUACCGGGUCCACGACGAGGGCGUUUGGGCCCUGCAGGUCAACGAGGCCUUCACGCACAUCUACUCGGGCGGCCGUGACAAGAAGAUCUACUGCACCGACCUGCGCAACCCGGACAUCCGCGUGCUCAUCUGCGAGGAGAAGGCGCCCGUGCUCAAGAUGGAGCUGGACAGAUCUGCUGAUCCUCCCCCAGCGAUCUGGGUGUCCACCACCAAGUCCUCUGUGAACAAAUGGUCUCUAAAGGGAAUACAUAACUUCAGGGCCUCUGGAGAGUACGACAACGACUGCACCACCCCGCUAACGCCGCUGUCUACCCAGCCGGAGCAAGUCAUCAAGGGAGGCGCCAGUAUUAUCCAGUGUCACAUUUUGAACGAUAAGAGGCACAUACUCACCAAAGACACCAACAACAACGUGGUAUUCUGGGACGUGCUCAAGGCCUGCAAAGGAGAAGACCUGGGCAAGGUGGAGUUUGAAGAGGAGAUCAAGAAGCGCUUCAAGAUGGUCUACGUGCCAAAUUGGUUCUCUGUGGAUCUUAAGACGGGGAUGCUCACCAUCACGUUGGACGAGAGUGACUGCUUCGCUGCCUGGGUGUCCGCUAAGGACGCAGGGUUCUCAAGCUCUGAUGGAUCCGACCCAAAAUUGAACCUGGGGGGCCUCCUGCUGCAGGCCCUUCUGGAGUUCUGGCCCCGCACCCACAUCAACCCCAUGGAGGAGGAGGACAACGAGGUCAACCACGUGAACGGAGAGCAGGAGAACCGCGUCCAGAAGGGAAACGGCUACUUCCAGGUGCCCCCGCACACGCCCGUCAUCUUCGGAGAGGCAGGGGGGCGGACCCUGUUCAGGCUGCUGUGCAGAGACUCUGGAGGAGAGACGGAGUCCAUGCUGCUCAACGAGACCGUGCCUCAGUGGGUCAUAGACAUCACCGUAGACAAAAAUAUGCCGAAAUUCAACAAAAUCCCCUUCUACCUCCAGCCCCACUCAUCCUCAGGAGCAAAGACGCUGAAGAAGGACCGCCUGUCGGCCAGCGACAUGCUGCAGGUGAGGAAGGUGAUGGAGCAUGUGUACGAGAAGAUCAUCAACCUGGACAACGAGUCGCAGACCACCAGCUCCUCGGCCAACGACAAGCCGGGCGAGCAGGAGAAGGACGAGGACAUGGCCAUGCUGGCCGAGGAGAAGAUAGAGCUCAUGUGCCAGGACCAUGUGCUGGACCCCAACAUGGACCUGCGGACGGUGAAGCAUUUCAUCUGGAAGAGCGGCGGGGACUUAACGCUCCACUACAGGCAGAAGUCCACGUGAAGGCAGAGCGCAGAACCACAAACAAAACGAAAAACAAAACAAACUUGUCGUCAUUUGCCAAUCACCACUCACCCUCUGACAUAUUGUACCUUCAGCCCCAUUGUGUGGUCAAGCGUCGCCGUGUCAACGAGGAACCAAUGAAAUUGAGAGAGGCGGUGGCGCUCCGUUAUGUCGUAGGGAAAACUCGCCAGAACAAGCCCGAGCAGUCUAGAGGGGGUGGUGGUGGUGGUCGGGGGGGGGGGACCCCUGAAAUAGAAAGGUUGUAUGAGCUGGGGGGGGGUCAUCUGCUCUACUGUAUGUACAGUUUGAAGGAUUGAUACCAAUGUUUUAUUGUGCACCCAUUAUUAUUUUGUACUUAGUUCUUUUUGGGUUCUCUUUUCCUUCGGUUUUUCCCAUCCCGAUUGGCAUUUCUGUUUCCGACUAUACCGGUCUCCGUUACGUUGUUUCUGUGUGUGUGUGAGUGUGUCGUGUGUGUGUGAGUGUGUCGUGUGUGUGUGUGUGUGUGUGCGCGUGUGUGUGUGUGUCUAUGCACAUGGAUGUAGUAGACUUAAGGUUUUGUUCUAGUACAUUCCAGACAACUGUCCCCCUCGUUUCUGCCGACACUCCCUGCUGCUGACACUACAGUAUCUCACCACUUAUCAGUACCGUACAACGGGUCUCUGGGCAGCCUUGCCUCGACCCCCUCCGCCACUCCCGACACCAUCUACACCCCCCACCAUUCCCCUUAACUUGAACUUACCCUUCGCUUAGAAAAUGAAAAUGACUGCUAAGCUUGAACCUCAGCGACAGAAGCACUUGUCCGAGUGUCUGAGCUUAUCUUUCUAGCUGUGCUGUUAUCAAUGAACUGAAUGUUCUUUAUUUUGUAAAUAUAUGUACAACACUUUGGAUUUAGGCGAUUAUUUUUGUUUUUGUGUCCAGGCAUUUUUUUUUCUUUUCUUUUAGUUUUUGUACAGUUAAACGGCUAUACUAACCCGACUCCUCUUCCCAGUACGGAGAAGAGCACACAUUCAUCCACAUAAAUGUCUUGGUUUGAAGGUUAAGAUGGCAUUUUUCUUUCCUUUUUAAAUUGUGUUUUCAUCUGCAUCCUAACGGUGCAGUUUCAUCAAGAAUGUUUGUACUUGUCGAAAGUCAUUUUAGCAAUCAAGACAUAAUCUAAGGUAUAUAUCUUAAAAAGAAGAAUGAAAACAUACUUAGUGCUCUGCUUGGAUCAUAGGGCAGGGCCUAUACCGGAAUAACCAGGGCUGCUGCUAGGCUCCCCCCUCAUUUAGUGUUUAGUAAGUCAUACAAGUGGAACCAUAGAGCUGUAAGAACUGCUUCUUCACCGUGGGACAUUUUGCUGCAGGGAUGAGAAAAGCGAUGGCUGUUUCUGGUCUCCGUGUCUGGCUUGGUGUGUCACAGAGAAGGAAGAGCGAAGACCUUUUUGUUGUAAAUUUAAUUAAAUCUUCCCCCGAUUUAUGAACGUGCGUAUAUUACUCUGCACUGAUUCGGUGCGAUCCGAUUGGCCAAACCUGAGGACUGGGAUGGUGUGAUUAGGCCAAAACACAGCGAAGAAAAUAUAUUUAUAUAUAAAUAUAUAUACAUACCCACCCUUGUAAUAACUUGUGAAUGAUGUAUAUUUUAGGGAUUCAACAAAGAAAUAAAUUUGAAUGGUUUAACAAUGACA